AUGACAUUCGCGCCGCGCAUCGAGAGGCGAACGCUCUUUGCGCCGCGCAAGGCCGCGAAUCCGGAGGCGCUGAGCCUCUACCGCGACAUCCUGCGCGCCUCGCGGCACUUCCACUGGGCGGACAAGGAGGGCGAGCCCUGGAACGUGGUCCUGCGCGCGAGCGCGCGCAAGGAGUUCGAGCAGGCGCGCGACGAGCCCGCGCGUCCCGCCGCGUCCGCCCGCCCCGCCCAUCGCGCGCACCCACCCCUCCGAUCGCGCAGGACCCGCUCCUCGUCGCGCGCAUGCUCGUCGUCGGCCGCGAGUGCCUCGACCGCACCGUGCGCCAGUUCGAGGAGGCGCAGCACCGCAUCCAGAGCAAGGUCGAGAACACGCGGACGCGAUAAUACGGACGUUUAG